AUGGCCGACACGUUUUUCAUAGCAAUAAGUGGAUGUUCAUCAACAGGCAAAACCACCUUAGCUAAUAUAACAAAAAACUGUUUUCCGGAAGCCUUACUAUUACAUGAAGAUGAUUUUUAUCUUCAUGAUGAUGAAAUCCCAAUCAAUAAGAAAUAUAAUAUUCCUGAUUGGGAUUGUGCUGAGAGUUUGAAUAUUGAAUUACUAAUGGAAGAAUUAAGUAAUAUUCGUAAGACAGGUCAAAUAACCACAAAAUUAAUUCACAACAACAAUAUUGAUGAUAUUAGGAAGUUUCUGUUGCCAGAGGAAUAUUUAGAAGAGCUAACUAAGAAAUAUUCUAUUUUGUUUAAAAAAUAUAGUAAACAUUCUCAAUUUCAAAUAGUCAUUGUUGAAGGAUUCAUGCUAUUUCAUCAAGACAGACUAUUAAAUGAAUUCGAUUGUAAAUUAUUGAUUCGUUCACCCUAUGAGAUACUUAAGAAAAGAAGAAACGCUAGGCCCGGAUAUCAAACUUUAGAUUCAUAUUGGAAAGAUCCACCUUAUUAUUUUGAUGAAUUUGUUUAUAAGGGCUAUAAAGAAAGUCAUCGUCAUUUAUUUGAAGAAGCGGAUGUUGAAAAAAGUCUAAAAGUUGAAUAUGCUAAUGUUCUAAAGGAUUAUUUAAAUACAGAUGAGAAAGAUAUUCGUGAAGGUCUUGAUUGGGUCUAUAAAGAGAUUUCCCAAUCGUUACACAAUAAGUAUCCUACUAUUUAA